AUGGAAACACUGAUGGAUGGACCAAUGCAUUUUUAUCAACUUGUGUGCAUCGGCGUUCUGUCUGCAGCUUGUUGCGGCUUGCCUGAAAGAUUUCUGGGAGGGCCACCUCGCAACCUACAAAUGGAAUCUUACAAUUUUCAGCACAUUUUGUCCUGGCAGGCAAGCGAUCCAACUGUGCCAACAUACUAUCGUGUGCUGUACACUGACCACAGGAACUGGAAGACUGCUGAGCAAUGUUCAGAUAUUACACGACUCUCCUGUAAUCUGACAGAUGAUUUUAAGGACAUUUCAACAGAGUAUUCUGCAUUGGUUCAGAGCUUCAUAGGAACUGAAGUAUUGAAUUCUUCUAUACUUCGUUUUGUGCCCCUUACUGACACAUUCUUGGGACCACCAGAAGUUAAUAUCAGUUCCUGUCAAAACUGCAUAAAUGUCACCAUAAAGCUGCCAACCUCUCACUUCAGAGAAAAUGAAAAGCUACUGUCUUUAAUUGAUAUAUAUAGUGAGCUUGAUUAUGGUGUAACACUGAAAACACUUGAUGGUGAGCAUAAGGGACCACGUGAGAAAACCACUGAAGAAAUUUUUAGUAUCGUCAUUGACGAAUUGUAUCCAAAUAGAAAUUACUGUGUGUCUGUUAUGGUCACUGCAUCUCUGAACAAACAUUCCAUCCCGUCAGCCUGGAAAUGUAUAGCUGCAGACUCUGUAGCUGUAGCUCAACAAGAUUAUCAUACAGUUGCAAUCACAGGUGCUGUAUGUCUUUCACUGAUUUUAGCUGGUGCUCUGAAGUGUUUGCAUGCAGGAGGUUGUAUUCUUCAAAAUAAAUCACUUCCACAUAUCUUGUUAUUCAUCAGGACGUUAUCCUACUCACCUUGGAGGCUUGAAUCUGAAGAAAUAGCCUCUGUAGAGAUCAUUUACAAAGAGGUUAGAAAAAAGGCAAAUGAAUCCAGUGGUGGUGUCAGUGAUGAAGAUGACAGCGAUGACAGUGACAGCGAUGCCAUAAGUAAUCAUGACUAUACAAGGCGUGAUAUCAUAAGUAGAGUACCUCAUUCCUCUGAUGCUUCGAAUGUAUUUGUGCAGUACUCUACAAACAGUACGUGUGACGACAGCAGCAGCCAGGCAAGUGAAAAUCCAGACACUGACCCAGAAGAUUUUGAAGAGCGUGAGGUGGACAUAGAAGACGACAAAGACACAAGUAGCGGAUUACUUAAUCCUUUCUCUGAGGUAGAUUGUGGCUAUUCUUCUAGGCGAAGGAACAGUACUUGCUUUACCAUUAACUUAAAAACUGUGCUGCUGGGAACCUCUGAAGAGAACAUGAAUAGUUCUGAAGCUCUUCUUUCUUCCCAAGAAGACGUGGUUGACUGGCAAUGCUCUCGUGCUUUUGAAGGAAAACUCCUGGAUGACACAGAAAGUGUGCAGAAGCCACGCUGUCAUAAUGGCUCCUGUGAAUGGGAAAAUUCCUCUCAUUCUUCUGAUGAAAGUGACUCAGGUUCAGAUAUGGACCAAAAUACUGAAUACAUAAGAAGAUGA